CCUUGUAAUUUCGUCAAAUCAAUCUUUUCACAAUAAAUAUACCUAAGGACUAUUGUUAAAUAUUGAGGAAGAACGUCGGGUUUUCUUAAAAUAAUAAUUCCAUCUUUUUUCUUAACAUUUUUCUUAGAUAAUUCUGCAUGAAAAUACUGUGACCUAGUACGUAAAAUAAUUGAAUGGGCACGUAUUACGCUAUCAUCAUUAUUUUGACCGGCAUAGAUGGCAACAUCAUGCUCCUCACCAGUUUUAAAUAAUUUCUCGUUUUGUUGUAAAAAUUCAUGUUUGUUUUUAGUAAAGUACUCUUUAAUACAAGAAGUUAACGAUUCAAUAUUAAAAACUUGUACAUUAUUUAAAAGUGUUAAUAUGUCAAGACUUUUUAAUUUCUCCAAGUUGAUCUUUCCACAAUAAAUAUAUCUU